AUGAUGAUCGGAGAAACUCGCCGGAAUUACCCUACGGUGGAGAUUCCUCCAUGGCCGGUUUCUGAAGAGCUUACAGCGGCGGAUAUGUUCUCUCCGGUGAUGAACAGUCCAGACUGCAGCAUGCUUGAAGCUUUGGCGGCGUUGCAGCGUUACCUGCCGUCUAACGAACCGGAUCCUGAUUCGGACCCGGAUCUGCUGGGUCCGGACUCUCCAAUCGACGCUUACUCCUGUGACCAUUUCCGCAUGUACGAUUUCAAGGUGAGGAGGUGUGCUCGUGGCCGGAGCCAUGACUGGACGGAGUGUCCUUACGCUCAUCCCGGAGAAAAGGCUCGCCGGAGAGAUCCGAGGAAGUACCAUUACUCCGGCACGGCUUGUCCUGAUUUCCGGAAAGGUGGUUGUAAGAAAGGCGACUCGUGCGAGUUUUCUCACGGAGUUUUCGAGUGUUGGCUUCAUCCAGCUCGUUACCGGACUCAGCCGUGCAAAGACGGCGGUAACUGUCGCCGGAGAGUCUGUUUCUUCGCUCACUCGCCGGAUCAGCUUAGGUAUCUCCCGAAUCGAAGCCCCGAUCGGGUUGAUUCCUUCGACGUCUCGUCUCCGAUUCGUCAUUCAUGCGCGAGAGCGUUUCAGCUCUCGGUUUCUCCUGGUUCUGGCUCGCCGCCGAUGAGUCCGAGAGCUGACUCGGAGACUCAGUCACUGAGUCGUUCACUCGGGUCUUGCUCUAUAAACGAUGUCGUCACGUCGUUUAGGAACUUGCAGUUUGAGAAGGUGAAGUCUUUUCCUCCGUCUUACAGCAAUCAGUUACGAUCCUUCCAAACCGGAUUCGGGUCGCCCCGAGGAUCCAUAUUGGGUCCUGGGUUUCAGAGUCUGCCCACAACCCCGACCCGACCAGGGAAUCUGGAUAUUUGGGAGAAUGGUUUAGAGGAAGAGUCCGGAAUGGAGCGGGUCGUCGAGUCGGGUCGUGAGCUGCGAGCAAAGAUGUUCGAGAAACUGAGCAAGGAGAAUUGCAUGGAUCGGGCUGACCCGGAUCCGGAUCAGAAUAUGGGUGAUGCUCCUGAUGUCGGGUGGGUAUCUGAGCUGGUGAUGUAG